GAAGGAUCGCGGCCGUCGUUAAUUGAAUUAUACGCCUUGAUAUCAAUCUAGCCCCCAACGACCUUAAAGAUCGUCGGUGACGUCCCCACAUGGAAACAAUGAGGAACAGGCAAAUGACGGAUGAGAUUGCGCGCUACUCCGCUCAGCCUCUUUCCUAGUCUUUAUUUAUUAGACACAGUACGACUAGGACCUCAUGAUUACAGAACUACGAGAAACCGCGCACUUCGUGCUGCAGCAGUGCUAGACGUCAGCAUCGUUUCCCAUAUGAAGCAUAUCCAGCGCCAAUGUUGGAAGAUGUUAGAUGUGUCUUGUUUGGGAGGCUCAGGUCACGUUCAUAUUGGCUAUCAUUGUUUAAUGCUUUAAGUUGUCGAAAGCCGUACGAUGAAGAACUAGUCCUCUCUAUCGGGCUUAAGCCGGGCCACCGGGGACGGUCAGGGAUAAGGGAGAGUCUAAUUA